AUGGUUAUGUCGACUAUCAUUGUGUCUUUAUUUGUGUACCACACAUUUGCUGUCUGUCCAAACAUUACGUCAGAAACGGCAUUAUCAGAGUAUUGUCAAAUAGAUACACUCUCUUUGGACUCUCAAACACUUACCCUUAACCAAGGAGCUAUUCUUGAAGUGAGUGGCGAUGUCACUCUUGAAAGAAAUGCUAUUUUAAUAAUGCAAUCCAACUCAAGCUCAAUUAUCGAAGGAAUUUUAAGUACAAUCCGAAAAGGUUCUAUUUUUAUUUCUGACACGUCUUCACUUUCAAUUGGUUCAAUUUCGGUAGACAAAGGAGAAAGUAUUCUCACCCUCAGUGAUAACUCAAUAAUUGUUAUUAACAAACAGACUCAAGACAUUAGAUCGAUACAAAUUAAAAUGAACAACAAUUCUGUUUUUGAAGUGGGAUGUGAUGUGACUUUUGACACCUAUGCAUUACUGGAACUCAAUGAGAAUUCAUCUGUGAAUUUUCAAAAGAGUUCAACUCUCUUUGGUUCUUUGCUACUCACUGACAACUCACGUGGUUCAUUCAACCAACUGGUUUGUGACUUCAAGGGGUCUGUAUCUAUAACUGGAAAUUCGACAAUCAUUGUGUCAAACAUUUUAGACAUCACCUCAUACUGCUCCUCGAUUCUCUUUGAAAAUGAAAUUAGAGGAAUACAUUCAAUCGUUAACCAGAUGAAAAUAUAUAGCAAGUUGAAAGUAAACGAGAAAAGUUCUAUAAUGGUGGAUGAGAUUGAUAUUGAUAACUCCAUUUCUUUGGACGUUUCACAAAACAGAACAAUCAGAGAUUUACCUCUAUUCUUUUUUGAAAAGGAAUUCAGUCUUCCAGCAAAUAUGACAAUUACAAACGAAAGCAGUUUCGAUUUUGCUAUUACCAAAAUUCCAUUGACCCAAAGUGAAAUGCCAGAUGGUUUUACUCUCCUUGCUAAAGGGCAUUUAAUUCGAUACAACAAUCCAUCAGAUAUUAUAUACUGUCAUGUAAAUAUAACCAAACUCGACAAUUAUGUGGAACAUUACUGUCCAUGUUUUGGUUGUUUUAUAACACCACUUGAAAUGGUAAGUGGCAUUGUUAUCAAUCACACCUCAACAGUUGUCAAAAACGAAAUUAGAAGAAACACAGAAGAACCUGAUGUUGUGUAUAUCGGCGACCAAACAAUUUCAUUGUUUCAUGACACGAUGUCAACAUUUACCAUUUCAAUUGUGUCGAACAAGGUGGAAAUGGUCGAUGUGCAACUUCUCUCUAAAACUGUAUUUUUUGAAGCAGGAAAUGGAUUUUCAUUUGGUGAAAUCCACUGUUAUUAUGGGUAUUUUAAAGAAAACUUUUUUCAUUGUAGAAAUGCGAUGGAUUGUGAUGGUAUUAUUGAUAAAAAUAUGAGGUGUGAUAAUUGUACAGCUGACAACUGUGAUAAAUGUACAAAAGUUGGAGGUGUUGAACAGUGUACUAAAUGUCGUGAUAGUUUUGUGUUAUUUGAAAAUUCAUGUAAAAGCUUUUUCCAUUGUUUAGCUCACACAAGGGGAUUUUGUGUAAAAUGUGAAGAGGGUUACACACAAUCUGGGAGCGAUUGUAUUAAAAUUACUAAAGAUGAUGUCUGUCAAGUCAAAUCUAAUGAUGGAAAGUGUUUACUGUGUGACACAACAGACAAUUUAAUAAACAAUAAUGGAGUUUGUUAUCAACCAACCGAAGAGAUGAUAGAAGUUCAGCAGAACAACGUCAUUUAUUGCAAAAAGGGAUUUUACUCAAAUGGAACAUUUUGUCUUGAUUGUAAAGAACAUGACCCAGAUUGUUUGUUGUGUGAGAAUGGGGAACCCACAAAAUGUGAAAAUGGUUACAUCUUUGGAACAGACAGAAAGUGUCACUUACAGUCUUGCGAUGUUGAAGGUAAUAAGAUGGAAGAUACAAACGGUCUUUGCGUUCAGAACAUUGAUCAAUGUAUCAAUGUAGUGAAUAAUAAGUGUGUUGAGUGCGCAAAAGGUUACAUUAUCACGGAUGACAAUACAUGCGUUAAUGAAAGUAAAGAAUGUGAACUAUUUGGUGUUGGAGGGUGCAACAGAUGCAUUUUUGGAACAUACUUGGACUUCAACACAUUGAAAUGCAACAAAUGUGACUCUUUAUGUGCCAACUGUUAUAAUAAUGAUACAUUUUGUACCUCAUGUUAUGGAGGAUAUUUCUUGAGUGGAGGAACAUGUAAAUCGGGUGGUGAAUUGGCAAACAAAUGUAACAUAUUAACAUUGAGUGGGACAGGUUGUGUGUCAUGCAAAGAGGGAUACUACCGUGUUGGUCUUGACUGCUUUAAUUGUCAACCCAAAUGUGGUACGUGUCUCAACGACCACUCUUGUUUAACAUGUGGACAGGAGUACUUCAAUACAAACGAAGGAGAUUGUUUGUUACAAAGUGGACUUGUUGGGUGUGCAACAAACGUGACAACUUUUGGGUGUUCCAUGUGUUCUGAUGGGUACUAUACAGUCAACGAAAACCAAUGUGCCAAGUGUAACAAUAGUUGUACCAAAUGUAUAAAUGAAGCCAAAUGUUUGUCUUGUGAAGAAGGGCUUGUUCUUGUAAACUUUAAUUGUGUGGCAUAUAACACAAUUGAAAACUGUGUCAAGUCAAAGAAUUCGAAGUGUUCCAAAUGCACUUUUUGGAAAUCACCUAACACUGACGGAACUCUUUGUGUUAAGAAGGUUGUGUGGUGGGUCAUAUUCAUUGUCAUACUUUUAGUAUUGAUGUUGAUGGUUGGAACAAUUGUAUUGGUGUGGUUCCUCGUAAAAAGAUACAUUAAAGCUGAAGGGAAAACAGUCAAACACACUUUGUUUAAUAUUCACGAUUCAAACAUUGCAUUUGUUGAUCUUGGUGACAAUGUUGUUGUCAGUCACACGAUACUACAAUUUGGAAACGAAGAUGAAUAUAUUAAUGUGAUGAAGAGAUCAGGAAAGUAUUUUGUGUCGGCAAUACCAGUCGUCAUGCAAUGA